CCUGGGCGGCGGGGAGAGAAGCAAGCCGGGCCGGAGCCGAGCCGGGUGUGUGUGGUGGUGCGUGUGGCGUGUGGCGCGAGUGGGAGCGUGUGUGAGGGAGGGCGGGCGGCGGGAAGCGAGUGCGAGGGGCCGAGCCGAGUCAAGCCGCCGCGAUGAACACGGUUCUGUCGCGGGCGAACUCCCUCUUCGCCUUCUCGCUGAGCGUGAUGGCGGCGCUGACCUUCGGCUGCUUCAUCACCACCGCCUUCAAAGACAGAAGCGUCCCGGUCCGGCUGCACGUUUCCCGAAUCAUGCUAAAAAAUGUAGAAGACUUCACUGGACCUAGAGAACGAAGUGAUCUGGGAUUCAUUACAUUUGAUGUGACUGCUGAUCUAGAGAAUAUAUUUGAUUGGAAUGUAAAACAAUUAUUUCUAUACUUAUCAGCAGAAUAUUCAACAAAAAAUAACGCUCUGAACCAGGUUGUCCUUUGGGACAAGAUCAUUCUGAGAGGCGAUAAUCCGAAGCUGCUGCUGAAAGAUAUGAAAUCAAAAUAUUUUUUCUUUGACGAUGGAAAUGGUCUCAAGGGAAACAGGAAUGUCACUUUAACCCUCUCUUGGAAUGUUGUACCAAAUGCUGGAAUUCUACCUCUUGUGACAGGAUCAGGACAUGUCUCUAUUCCAUUCCCAGAUACAUAUGAAAUAACAAAGAGUUAUUAAAUUAUUAUUCUGAAUUUGAACAACAUAUUUUUAUACUUAAUGAAUUUUAUCUCAUUUGCCCCAUCCUUUUCCUGCUCCCUCUUCUUUUGUCUUGAAAGCAAGAGACCCUUGCUUUUGGUUGUAACUUUUACAAAAAAUUAGGUUUCUUUUGGUUUUUGUUUUUUUACAAGAGCCAACAUUGAAAACAUAACUGAAAGGAAAGGUAAAUGGGUGACAGAAUUUUUUUAAAAUUGGCCACCUCAAUGAAGUAUUACCUUUCUUAUUAAUAAAAGUUGAAAAACCCUCAAA